ACCCAGAUUGAAUGGACGGCAGAGAAGCGAAAAGGGCAACGAAUCCUCAAAAAACUACUAAAGAAACAGUUAAAGAAAUAAUAAAGAAAUGCUAGUAGUAGGAAAAGAAACAGUAGGUGAUUUUUUUGUUUUCUCUUUAAUAAUGGGUAUAGAGAAGAGAGUAGUGGUUGGGUUGUGUCGUGGUAUUGGUCUUUAUUUUCAGUUGGCGCCAAACUGGAUUGAACCAAGAAAUGGGCAGGUAAAGUCUAUCCACAUCUCUCACUCGCUGUGCCGCCUGCUGCUUAUAUUCUAACUCACCAGGUGUCGGUUGUUGUCCACAUAAAUUCACUCUUACCUCUUCAUUUCCACUCAUUUUCACACAAUUUCUGCUGAACUCUCUUUCUGGGUGCCUGCAAAAAGUUUCAUUUCCUUCCCAAAACGUCUGCAUACGAUUUGGUUCUGGUUUGAUGUGGGUUGUGGGUUUUGGGUUUUGCUACUUAUGGGGUUUGUUGCUGAAUUCUAUAUCUGGAAGUUUAGUUUAUCAGAGUAAAAAAGAAUCUGAAGCUAAAUGUUAUAUUGGAGAUGAUCUGGAGAAAUACCCGCCGCCUCAAUGGGGAAAAAAUGAAUCUUCUUUUGCAAUACUUGAGUUUGCAUUGAUCCUUGUUUUUCUAAAUCUUGGCAUUUUCCCUGAGGAUUUAAGUUUAUAGGUUUGGCUAGGACUCAAGAACAUCUAUAUUGAUAGAUAUGCAACAGUUUUUGUUUUCUUCAGGAAAAGGGAAAACGGAACAAAUACUUAUUCUCAAAUUUUCCAAACUGUAUUUAAUUGCAUCAAUGUUCGCUAUGUGCAUUAAAACUUGUGUAUUGGGAGCUUUCUCUGAGUGCAAAGUACGCACAUGGGGCAGCUCAGGCUGCAUCGAUAUGUUGAUAUCUUAGAAUCUAUUCUUCCUUCAAAUGAAAAGGAUUUUAAUUUGGUUUUGGUUUUUAUAGGUAGUUUGUGGAUUGAGUUUAGAGCAUUUUUGUCAUCUGUUUUACUUCAAGGACUUGCUUGUCUUAAGCUGAACUGAAGUUCAUGGGUGUCAGAGAUGCAAAUUGUUUAAUGGGCUAUGGCCAGCCACCAUGGAUAUUCAAAGGCAGUGCCUUGUACCAACUACAUCUUGUAAAAGCUGAAACUGCUCGAGCAUUCAUUCCUAAGGAGCUCAAAUUAGUUGAAGCUUUUGGAUACACUCUAGGUGGUUUUUUCCUUGCUAAAUACGAGGACAGUCCAGUUGGGGUCUUUGAUGAGCUUGUGGUGAUAGCAGGACUUGUUUGGGAUCCUCCCACGUCUUGUGCCUGGGCCGCCAGGGUUCUUGUGAACAGUAAAGAAGCUUGUGGUCAUGGAAGAAAGGUGAGAAGUUUGUGGCACUUCUUGUAGUUUCAUUUGUUAGAUAUUUGAACAAAAUGUUUGGCAACCAUGCAAAUGAAUCUGGCCAGUUUAGUCCAAGAUCGGCCACUUAAUAAUAUCCCAGGUGAACUUACAAGGAGCACUUUAGCUACCCUUGAUCCCUGAGCUCCUGUGGCAUGAAGGUGGCACUCUAUUGCACCUGAACCUGAGGCAUUUGAAACUAGAUGCUAUUACAUUCCCUAACCUUGACUGUGAAUUUGAUAGCAUUUCUGAUGCAGAAUGUAGGGCUUCCAAGUCAAGUGGCCAGAUUUUCCAAGAGAAUUACAGCAGUUUCAAAGCAACCAAAGGGUAAGUUCAGCAGCUUCCAAAACAUGAUUGGUAUCGGUACUACUCUCCAGCAUGCAAGGGAGUGUGUCGAUGUUCAGGUGACAGAAGUUACGGGUGCGGCUGCUGCAGAUAUCUGUAACAUCAAACUUGCAACUGAGGUACCUGCUCUGAAACACCACAAAUGGAUGGGACCAGCAAUCACAAUGUCACUACCAAGUUUUAGUGGCCAUACAGGGUAUAAUCCACAACUUUUGAAGUAUUCUUGCCAGAUUAAAUGCAGGGUGAGACCAGUGGAGCCGGCAAAAGUUCUAGGUCCAUUUCCAGCUCCAAAGAAUGGUAGAGAACAAUUGAGGAGACGCAAUGGUCCUGAAACAACAGACUCAAAUGAAGAAGCUUUUGAUAAAGGAAGACAUCUUGCUAUAUCAGUAAUGCUAUCAAAGCCUAUACUAGCUUUGGAGUUUAAUUGCUUGAACAUGAGAGUUGAAGCCCCAGUUGUAGUUCCUCAUCGCUGUAAGAACUCCUUAAGAGCAUGUUGAGAGCAUCCCAUUUCUCUGUUGUUGUAUUCUCUAAAAUCCAUGGAAGUUCUUUUCCAGUUUUCUUCAACAGAAGUUUUGCCAGUACAAACGCUCAACAAAUGCUGGUCUGGACUUAAAAUGGCAAAAAUACCCUUUGUAUCCCUGACUACAGGUGUAUCAAUGAAAGGGUAGUUUUGUCUAUUUCCAUCUGGACUGGCUUUAUUUUUGCCCGUCCGAAAUGAAAACAGCAUCCUCUUGUUCAAAAUGAAAUAUAGAAAUCAAU